GCAGAAAAAGCUCGAAACACAUUUACUGUCAGCUUCAUAGCAGGCGAGAAGAUGGCUGAAGACGAUACAAACAUGUACAGCAACAGUGGAGAAAAUGAAGGCGGAGGAGAACGCUAUUCUACAGUAACGCUGACGAAGAAAGAACAAUUUAACAUUUUAUACGAUAGCAGGGCUUUCAUGGAUUCCUAUGACCAGUUUGAGGAUGAUGACGAGAUCAAAGAGAGUGAAAAUCCACUCUAUUGCAGCAGUAUCGAAACAGGACAAGACGAAAAUGAGAACAUUCUGUAUGAAAGCAUGGAUAAUGUUAUACAGAGUGUAGAGGAGGCUGAAAGCAUCAAUCCUAUGUACGAAGGUAUGGUCUAGGAUGUGUGACUGCUGUGAACUGAGAGCAAGACUUUUCUCUGACUUCGUUGCUAUACGGUCGAUUUCAAAUUUUCGGCUUCCUGCAAGAUUACGUGGAACAGAUUGAUCUCAAAUUUGCCAGUGGAAUACGGUCAUCAUUGGUGUUGUCAGACAUGCAACAAUUUCUUAACAAUCAUACCUGUUUAAAUAAUGUACAUUUUGAUAAAAAAUUUGGUCGUCGGAAACGCCUAACUUACAGACAAAGAAUCUGAUCCUCAAUGGAACUCAUUGAAGCUCGUGAACUGGAUCUCCUGGCAAUUAUACCCAGUAUACCCCGGCCAAAAUUUCAGUUAACCAAUGCUAAUAGUUGAAUGCAAUUACCAAGUGCGUCACGUAGCCAAAUGUUUAAAGCAGGGAAAACUCUAACCAAUUUUUUGUUCUCUCGCAAAGAAAUCUGUUCACAAAUAGGUUAUAAUUCAGAAUUUUAAGUUUAUUUAAGAUAACAUUAAGGGAUCUUAGGUCCACGUUUGGUGUGUAAACCGCAAACGUCAAACCGUGGUUAGCAGUUUGAGGUUAGAAGUUAGAAGUUUGGAGACUUUCAGGUUUUUAGAAUGACGUUGGCUUUCACCUGAGAAAAAUCCACAUCUGCACUGCCAUUCCACAAAGGAUGGAGGAGGUCCUUUACUUCAAACACAAAAUGAGGCUAAAAGUUUGGUUUUCUAACAUCCCAAAUGGAUUGGUUAAACAGAAAACACUUCAUGUAACACACAUUUCCAGGACGUGCGUGAGAACUUUCGAACAGGAAGAAGAAAAGAGCAAAGGGAGUUGACCUACCUGAAACUGUCUUGCCCAAUCCGAAGUUCGAGCAUAACCGCUGGAUUCUGGCCUCGUGACUCCUUGCGGUUUGCGGUCACACGUAUUCAGAAACAAAUGUGGAU